UUGGUUACCAUGGAGGCGGUAACUGGACUCCCUCCGCCGGGUGUUCGGCCUGCGAACUAGCGCCCCCUAAGGAAACUCCCGAACGCCCCGGCGAAGUGGCUUUCAGAUGGGGAGUCGGGGAAACAGCUUACCCAAACCCCACUUCGUAGUCACCCCAUCCCCGCCAGCUCCCCUAGGCCAGGGCCUUUUCGGCGUAUGGGCGGGGCUGGACGUGGUAUGGGGGACGGGCCUAGAGAGGGGCUGGGACUCCCACCCUGCCCCGGCACAGAAUCGUCAGUGCCUUAGGCGCCGCAGUGGUAACGGUUCGCCUCCCCCUCUCCUGGGGUGCGGUGGUACCACCCGUCCCCCCUGCAGCCUGGCCCCGGUUGGUAGGCUCCUUGAGUCCUGCGCCCUCCCAGCCUCGCUCUGCGGAUUCGGAUCGGACGUUUUGACGCCCCGGCUGCGCUAGUCCCUGCACUACCAGACUGGGGCCCACCUGGGCGCUAGUCCCCAUCUGGGAUUGGGGUCCGGGAUGCAGGUCGCUCUAGGCCUAGCCGCCGCAGCUGCCGGGUCGGGAGGCCGUCAGUGAGGAGGUGGACCUUCCCGCCCGCCGGCUCCGUAGCCCACCUGCCCCUCGGAGCCCUUACGGCCCGCCCGGCUUGCCCGGCCCAGCCCGCUUCAGCCCCUCCGCCGCCCGGUCCUGUCCCAGCCCCGGCCCCGGCCCCGGCCCCGGCCCGGCCCGGCCCAGCCUCCUCUUCCCCACCCCCGUGGGCGCUCCGCCCCGGCCCGCCCCCUCCUGCCGGCCCGCCCUCCUGCCUCCGCCUCCGCCGCUCUGGCUUCCGCCCCCUUUUCGCUGCGCUGCCGGAGGAAACGGAAGAAGGAGCGAGCCAUGGAGGGGAACCGGGACGAGGCGGAGAAAUGCAUCGAGAUCGCCAGGGAAGCGCUGGAGGCCGGCAAUCGCGACCGGGCCCUGCGCUUCCUGCACAAAGCGGAGAAGCUCUAUCCGUCCCCCACGGCCCGAGUACUUCUGGAAGCAAUUAUGAAAAAUGGAAGCACAGCUGCGAAUGGACCACAUUGCCGGAAACCGUCAAGUGGUGGUGAUCAUAACAGACCCAAUAAUACAAAGGACAGUGCUGGUGGUGAAAGUGGAAAAGCCUAUACCAAAGAUCAAGUAGAUGGAGUCCUCAGCAUAAACAAGUGUAAAAAUUACUAUGAAGUACUGGGAGUCACAAAAGAUGCCAGUGAUGAGGAUUUGAAGAAAGCUUACAGAAAGCUUGCUUUGAAGUUUCAUCCAGAUAAAAACCAUGCACCUGGAGCAACAGAUGCUUUUAAAAAGAUUGGAAAUGCCUAUGCAGUUUUAAGCAAUCCUGAAAAAAGAAAACAGUAUGACCUCACAGGCAAUGAAGACCAAGCAUGUAAUCACCAAAACAAUGGUAGAUUUAAUUUCCACAGAGGCUGUGAAGCUGAUAUAACACCAGAAGAUUUGUUUAAUAUAUUCUUUGGUGGUGGAUUUCCAUCAGGUAGUGUACAUUCAUUUUCUAAUGGAAGAGCUGGAUAUAGCCAUCACCACCAACACCGGCAUAGUGGACAUGAGAGAGAAGAAGAAAGAGGCGAUGGAGGGUUCUCUGUGUUUAUACAGCUGAUGCCCAUUGUAGUCUUGAUUCUUGUGUCCUUGUUAAGCCAGUUGAUGGUCUCUAAUCCUCCUUAUUCCUUAUAUCCCAGAUCUGGUUCUGGACAAACUUUUAAAAUGCAGACAGAAAACUUGGGUGUUGUUUAUUAUGUCAACAAGGAGUUUAAGAAUGACUACAAAGGAACGUUAUUACAAAAGGUAGAAAAAAGUGUGGAAGAAGAUUAUGUAACUAAUAUUCGAAAUAAUUGCUGGAAAGAAAGACAACAAAAAACAGAUAUGCAGUAUGCAGCAAAAGUAUACCGGGAUGACCGACUACGAAAAAAGGCAGAAUCACUUAACAUGGACAACUGUAAAGAAUUAGAGCGGCUGACUAGUCUCUAUAGAGGAGGAUGAACUGGGAUUUUCAUUUGCAUCUUUUAGCACACUUUUUUUUUCUGUACAAAAAGACAUUUAGUUUCAUUGUUAAAUCUCAAAAAAGAGUUGGAUGUUAAAAACUAAACUGGAUAGUUGCUCCCCGAACUCUCAUGCUAUAGGACUCAAAACAGUUAAUGGCUUCUUUACAUAGUAAGAAACUGAAAACUAAAAUUCAUGAUUUAGUAUGCAUCACUUAAUUGAUAUUUUACUUUUUCUUCCAAUGCUUACAUAAUGCUUUAACUACAAAUUAUUCAAAAAAGGAUUAUCUUGCCUAUAGCAGUUUUGCAGUUAUAGUGAUUCUCCUCUUCUCCCCUGGUCAUGUAAAUAUUUAUGGAAAAAGAAACAUUUUGUGUAUAUAGAAGUUAUUGACUUUAUAUUUUAAAAUCUCAGAAGUUUAGCUCCAUGAAACACUUUUGCUCCCUGAUGAAUAAAUGUAAGACAAUGUUACUUUUUCCUUGUCAGGUGUCCAGUGUGUGGAGUUUAAACAAUGACACUUUUUUUUUAAGGCAAUUUAACUUUGUGUAAUAAUCUUCUAGCUUUAUCUGCUUAGAAGAAUUUAAUAUUUUUAAAUGUAUAUUCCUGAAUAUAUGUUGAGAUGAAUUGAACUGGUGUACAUUAUCAGUUUGCCAUUUAGUUUUAUGAAUUGCUAAGCAAUGUGAGGAAAUGAAAAGCUAUUCUGAUUAAUUUAAAAAUAAAUAUAAUAAAAAUGCUAUACAGAUACUUAAUGUUGACAUUUCUUGAGAAGUAAAUGUCAAUUUUGAAAUUAUGAAAGUAAAUAUAUCCCCUCGCUCCCUCUAUCGCAACCACAGCCAAUUUAUGUCCAUUUAAAAGCUUCUAAAAUUAAUGAAGGAAAGACUCUUUCUCCCACACACACAGAAAAAUUGCAGUUUCUUAGUGCUCAUUUCAUGCUUGUUCUUGAAAAUAAAGUAAUCCUUUUGUAAGCAAGUUGUAAGAAAAGUUAUUACUAAAAUUAAGCCUUAUGCCUUUAACACUAUUGCCAACUACUAAACUUUUAGAUAGAUAACUUGCAAAAAUUAUUUGACCUGUUUGACUACAUGCAAAGAUGAGCAGAAAUACAGUGGCAGGGAGAAUAAUCCUUUACAGGAAGUCUCUAUAAAUGUCUCUGCAGUGCCACUCAGAGCUUCAAAUCGACUCGCCAUUUAAAGUAGUUGAAUUUAGUUAUAAUAGAAAAUAUACAGUUUUGUAAUGAAAUCCACUAGUAUAAAUUAGAAACAUACAUAAACAGUUGGAUAUUGGUUUUUGUGCCUGUAAAUUGAGUAUGAGAGUAUUUCAUUUGAAAUUUUCUAUGUUGAACUGUUGUCAUAUUUUAAUCAUUUUGCUUCAUACUCAUUUAAUGGAACAAGAACAAGACUUUGAUAGUUUUUCUACUUGAUGAGAAUGCUGGAAAUUCUGUGAUAGUGGCAAUGCUUAUUGUGUUUAGAAAUUAUUUCUGAAUUUAGCUAAUUUAUUCACAGUCUAAUAAAUUCCUGCCUAACUGAUCAUUCUCCUUAAAAUUGUCCUGUUGUAUCUCUUUUUUUCCAAGUAACUCACUGGAAUUGCUUGGUUGCAUCAUAAAUUAUAUAACAGUGUAGUAAUUAGGGAAUAGUAGAAAGCCCAACCAAGUUUCACUCAAUUUGUAGAGAAGUGGCCUUUAGAAUAAAUAGCAUACUUAAAAGGGAAUUACAAUUUACAACAUUACAAAUUACAAUAGCCUGCAGAAUGGGCUGUUAGCAGAUAAAGGACAUAAAUUAUUAUAAUAGAUCAUUGUUACUUAUUUUGAAAGUAUUAUGGUCAUAAGACAAUGUACAGUUUUGGAGUAGAAUUCCAAUAUUUUCUAACAGAUUUUUUUUCCAGUUUUCACAGGAAUGAUGGGCAUAAAUGGGGGUAGUUUCUUUUAAUUCAACCCUCCUGUUUAAAAUAAUUCUUUUUCUUUUAAUUUGGAGUUUGAGGAUGUUGAUAACAUUAGCAAAGUUAGUCAUAUAAUGCUAAUUUAUCCAUGGUUUCAGGCAGUGUUAUGCUUUUAGUAUAUUGGUGUGUUCCAUUGAAUUUCAUAAAAUAUUUAGGCAAAAUGUCUUUGGAAAAAGAACAUUCUAAAAUUGAUUGUAAUCACUAGUAAUGGCUGAGCAAAUUUUAGGGUGUCCUACGGACCAAACCUCAGAAAUUUCUGCUGCUUUUAACCUUGGGGGUGAGAAAAAGUUCGGUUUUCCAUAUGACCUGAUUUAUGGAAACAAACAAAAACCUUUAAUGUAUGUGAAGCAAGAUUUGGUCAUCUUGAAGUGGGAAAUUUUCACAUUUGACAUCUUAUUUCAAAGAAAAAUUCUAUUUUUUUGCCUAUGAAAUCAUCAUACUUUAAAAAGGUGUGUUCAUAACAGAUUCUAAACUAAAAUUUUUCAUCGUUGUUCAAAAGUUCAUGGAGAAGGCUAUUCUAUGCACAUAGAUAAUUUACAGUUUUCUUCUUUAGCAUCAAAGGAAUUUUUCACAGCAUGUCAAUAAACUCCUCAUAUUGGUAAAGGAUUCUACAGUCAUACAAAAUUAAGUAUUUUAAUGUCUUUGUGAAUAAAUUGAGAUAAAAUGGAAUCACAUCAUUUAUUCCAUCACUUUUAUUCUCAUUUGCCCUAUAGUUUACAGAUGGAUUGGUGCUAAUCUUUACCACACUGGCGAAGUUUUAGAAUUGAUGAGGAUUUUAUUCUCAGUACUGAGUAGUAGUAGUUUCAGGUUAGUUCUGUCUAAGUGAAACUGAUUUCAUUUCAAAUCUAAUGGGAUUUGGAUGCCUCUGUAAUCAUGUUUCAUACUUUUCACAUAUGAAAAUAUGGACAGUGUUAUGGGAAUACUAUGUGGAGGAAGUAGUUAAGUCUUCAUAUGUGACUGUCAUUGCACUCAUUCAUUAGACCCCUCUGCUUGAACCACCUCUACUUAGAUUAAGAUUGUAGGUUUCUCUGCUCUUUUCUCCUCAACACACCCUACCCCAAAUCCUAAAACCAACAAAAUCUUCAUCUCCAACAAUACAUCUAACAACAAAAAGGCAUAGUUACUACAUUUAGAUUAAUUUAAAAUAAUCUCCUCUUGGUCUUCAAAAGUUUAAGCUACAGAUGUCAUCUGGCAACACAACUACACUAACGGAUAAAACGUUUUAAUUUUUUGCAAAAUUCUAUUAUUAAUUGAUUUUCUCUCUGGUGUUAAAAGCAGUAAUAAAAAGUUCUCAAUUGUUUGCUUGAGUUCUAAUCAAAGCAGCUUUCCUUUAAGCAAGUAUUAUAUGAAAGAAUUAAAAGGUUCAUAGAAAAACUUUUGUGUCCCUGGGGGAGACUUGGAUUCAGUAGUAAUCUUACAACUACUCAGCCUCACCCUGAAUAAGGUAAAAGGAGAGCUAUGUGAAAUCUUCCCAUCCUAUAUGGACAGGAAAACAACAAUGAACAGGCUUAUUUGCUGCUUUAUAAAAUAUGUCAUUAAGUGGAUGAGUACAAAAACAGUAGUCUGGCAGAUAUGUUUAUCAUUUAGAAUUUCUGUGCUAGCAGAUCCCUUUAUAUAUUUUUAAAAGAAAAUAAAAUGAGGAGUCCUUUAAAGAAUUUAUAUAUCAGUGAUCUGAUGGGAAACAUGGUAAUAGAAUUCAGGCUUCCUUUUUUAGUUUAAUUACUGUUAAAAUAUAUAUUUUGUGUGAAUGGAAGCAACUUUCUUUUAAAUAUAUUUUAAAACACUCCUUAUAUUAAGGAUUGUGUAGCCUUUAAAAAAAAUAAAUUCCCUUUGCAUGUAUAACUUUUCCCUGAUCAAGAUAAGAUUUUUUUUUUUCACUUAAUGCCAACAUCUGCUGGUCUUGGGGCCAUUAGAUUUAUGAAUACUCUGGGUGUGUGUGUGUGUGUGUGUGUGUGUGUGUGUGUGUAUUUUUUUCAGCUAAUACCUCAAACUUGUAAUUGUUUAAUUAAUACCAUAAUAUGUUUGCACAGAUUAGGGCUUCCAUUAGCAAAAGGAUUAAUCUUUACUUCGAAUUCUAGGAAUUCAGUUCAGAGUCUUAUUAAAAUAUGAGUUGUAAACCUUUUUCUCCUAAGGGUAUAGCCAUUCAUCUUAUAAGUUCUGUUCAAAAUAGCGUAUACAUGUUUGUCUUCAAAGCUGUAUGAAAAUAAGAAGCAUUUCUUAAAAAUGUCUUCACCAGUUCAUUACAGUUGGUAUUUAAGACUACAACUCACCAAGACUACUACACUAAGAAGAUAAUUAACAUCUAACACCAGUGUGGCAUAAAUAAUUCCAUUUCACAGAAGUUCAUCUGCCUUUUUAAAAUAUUUCAAGUUGACAAGCACUUUUUCCACUUAAGAAACUGUAGCAGUGGAACUUUCAAAUGGGUUAACAUUCAUCUGUAUAUGGCAUGAUGGUCCGUAAUGAACAGUUUCAGUUAUUGUUCUAGCUAGUUAACGUGACAAGAACAACAAACCAAUCAAUAAAAGGAUAACUCAUUUGAUCAUUUACUGAUAAUUGAGAAAUGCUUCUUGCCCGUUUUCACCUUCUGUCAUUCAGUACAAUUUCUGCUAGUCCAAAAUAUAGUUUGUAUGCAUUUGAAAGCCACAGAUAAUUUUCCCAGUAUGUAUAGAAAUUUACAUGGAAGCCCUGUAAAGAAAAUGUAAUGAAAUGAAGCUGGCAUCUUAUAUAGGAGAUCUUAUUUUGUCUAUAUAGUGCAUUUGAGAUUACAAAAUGAACUGUCUGAUUUGUAAUAUAUUUACUGUAAUACCAGGCUUAUAUCAAAAUAAAAUUAUUUUCAGUGUGAACUGUGUUAAAGAAAA